AUUAUCUGCGGGGCCGCUUGGUGUUGUGUGUCCCGCGGGCAGGGCCUGAGUUACAAGCGCCAGGAAUCCAGACGGUCCGGACAGGCAGAAAUGACUCCUAGCCCCGCGUUGCUGCUGCUGCUGCUGCUGCCGCUUCUGCUCCUGGGGGCCCUCCCGCCGGCUGCCGCCGCCCGAGGCCCGCCAAGGAUGGCAGACAAGGUGGUCCCGCGGCAGGUGGCUCGGCUGGGCCGCACCGUGAGGCUGCAGUGUCCAGUGGAGGGGGACCCACCACCACUGACCAUGUGGACCAAGGAUGGCCGCACAAUCCACAGUGGCUGGGGCCGUUUCCGUGUGCUGCCCCAGGGGCUGAAGGUGAAGGAAGUGGAGCCUGAGGACGCUGGUGUCUACGUGUGCAAGGCCACCAACGGCUUCGGCAGCCUCAGCGUCAACUACACCCUGAUCGUGAUGGAUGACAUCUCCCCAGGGAAGAACAGCCCAGGGUCUGAUGGCUCCUCUGGGGGACAAGAGGACCCAGCUGGCCAGCAGUGGGCACGGCCCCGCUUCACACAGCCGUCCAAGAUGAGGCGCCGGGUGAUUGCACGGCCAGUGGGCAGCUCCGUGCGGCUCAAGUGUGUGGCCAGCGGGCACCCGCGGCCUGAUAUCACGUGGAUGAAGGAUGACCAGGCCUUGACGCGCCCAGAGGCCAGCGAGCACAGGAAGAAGAAGUGGACGCUGAGCCUGAAGAACCUGCGGCCCGAGGACAGCGGCAAGUACACCUGCCGUGUGUCGAACCGGGCGGGCGCCAUCAACGCCACCUACAAGGUGGAUGUGAUCCAGCGGACCCGCUCCAAGCCUGUGCUCACGGGUACGCACCCUGUGAACACAACCGUGGACUUCGGUGGCACCACGUCCUUCCAGUGCAAGGUUCGCAGUGACGUGAAGCCCGUGAUCCAGUGGCUGAAGCGAGUAGAGUAUGGUGCUGAGGGCCGCCACAAUGCCACCAUCGAUGUGGGUGGCCAGAAGUUCGUGGUCCUGCCCACGGGUGACGUGUGGUCACGGCCUGAUGGCUCCUACCUCAACAAGCUGCUCAUCACCCGUGCCCGCCAGGACGACGCGGGCAUGUACAUCUGCCUGGGUGCCAACACCAUGGGCUACAGCUUCCGCAGUGCCUUCCUCACGGUGUUGCCAGACCCAAAGCCACCUGGGCCACCUGUGGCCCCUUCAUCCUCGACCACUAGCCUGCCGUGGCCUGUGGUCAUUGGCAUCCCGGCUGGUGCCGUGUUCAUCCUGGGGACAAUGCUCCUAUGGCUCUGCCAGGCCAAGAAGAAGCCAUGCAGCCCCGUACCUGCCCCUCCUGUGCCCGGGCAUCGCCCACCUGGGGUGACUCGUGACCGUGGUGUGGACAAGGACCUGUCACCCUCGGCUGCCCUUGGCACUGCCCCUGGUGCAGGACUGUGUGAAGAGCACUCGGCAGCCCCCCAGCACCUGCUGGGCCCAGGCUCAGCUGCUGGUCCCAAGCUGUACCCCAAACUCUACACAGACGUCCACACGCACACGCACAUGCUCACACACACACUCACACGUGGAGGGCAAGGCCCACCAGCUCCAGCACGUCCACUAUCAGUGCUAGAUGCCGUGGCCUCUCAGCCCCGGGGGCCCUGGGGUGGCACGGGCAGCCUCGGGCGGAUGGAAGGAUAGGCUGGAGGGCGACAGAGGCAGGUGGACCCACUGGCCAGGAGGCGCAGGUGGCGCUUUGAGUGAGGCACACUCACAUCUGGACACGCACAGAUGCAGACAUACAGCCAAGCGCACGCGCGCACGCACGUGGACCGAGGCCUGCAGGACGUCUGUGCUGUGUGACUCUGCAGUGCACGUGUAGCGACAGGCUAGUCGAUGAAGGAAUCUAACCCCCGCCCCCCGCCCCACUGCGAGGAGUGUUCACAGAGGCCGUGUCCCCGCCGGUGUCCCUGUCUAGCCUUGGUGGCUGUUUUUGCCACCUGCCCUGAGUGUCAGGAGUCUACACUACACUGGGCCAGGGCGGCCAGGCACAGCAGUCCCAGCCCCUGCCCGGCCCCCACUGCCAGAGAGAAGGGGCCUCGAUAUUUAUAUUUAAGAAAUUAAGAUAAUAAUUAAUAAUGAAAGGAGGGCGGGUCGCAGGGACUGGCCUCUCCUGGGGCUCAGGACUCACCUGGCCUUGUGGCCAUGCUGGACGUCCAUAUCCCCUUGGGGCCAGACACCACGACCCCACUACUGGUGGUGGCCCCAGAUCUCUGUAAUUUUAUAUAGAGUUUGAGCUGAAGCCUCAUAUAUUUAAUUUAUUUUGUUAAACAAGAAAGUGUGCAUUCUUUUCCUCUA